GCUGCCUGUGGUCACAUGGGCCGGAAAAUGUGGGGCUUAAUUCCUGUGUUUGACUGCUCUCAGCUGCUGCUCCUUUGCCCUACGCACUUCAAACCGCCCGUCCUCCCCAUCCCGACCACCGACGCCCAGGUGGAUUCUGCUCAACGCGACAUGUCGGCAGACCAAGCUUUUGUGACGUUGGCAACAAAUGACAAUUAUGCCAAGGGAGCAAUGGUUCUGGGCCAGUCCCUAAGGAACCACAACACAACCCGCAAACUGGUGGUACUCAUAGGACCUCACGUUGCAGAGCCUUGCAGGGAUGCACUGCACUCUGUUUUUGAUGAGGUGAUCAUGGUGAACGUGAUGGAUUCAGGAGAUGCAGCUAAUCUGGCUCUGAUGAAGCGGCCAGACUUGGGCGUAACAAUCACCAAACUGCACUGCUGGACCCUUGAGCAGUACAGCAAGUGUGUGUUCAUGGAUGCUGACACACUGGUUCUGUCAAACAUAGAUGAACUCUUUGAUAGGGAAGAAUUGUCUGCAGCUCCAGAUCCUGGUUGGCCAGAUUGCUUCAACUCAGGAGUUUUUGUCUUCAGGCCGUCCAAUGAGACGCACAAAGACCUGCUCGCGUACUGUGCUGAAAAAGGCAGCUUUGAUGGUGGAGACCAGGGGAUUCUCAACAGUUACUUUAACACCUGGGCGACGGCGGAUAUUUCCAAACACCUCCCUUUUAUCUACAACCUCAGCAGCAUUGCCAUCUACUCCUACCUUCCAGCUUUCAAACAAUAUGGGCACGAUGCAAAGGUGGUGCACUUUCUGGGCAAAGUGAAGCCAUGGAACUACUCCUAUGAUGCCCAGAAAGGUGAGGUCAAAGGUCACUCCACAUCUCCUGACCAAUGCCAGAUGCACCCGGACUACCUGCUCCAGUGGUGGCAGCUGUAUGCCACAUCCGUCCUGCCAUUAAUGCAGAAAGCGUAUGGUGACACUCCGUUCAGCAGCGGCUGCGUGGACCAGAAGAGCUGUCCUGAUAAACCUCAUGAGGACGUGAGAGAGCAGCCAAAGCCUUCUACUCCCCCUCCCUCCCAGACCGUUUCGUCAGAGGAAAGGAAGCAGCGCUGGGAAGCAGGCCAGAUUGAUUACUUGGGCGAUGACUCCUUCACAAACAUCGAACAAAAACUCAACUCUUUCCUCAAGUAGCGGGUGUCUGAGGGAGUGUGAUAGACAGCGGUUCAAGCUCUGGGAUUAAGAGUGGUGGGGGGAUCUAGCACCCAUUCUGCCAAAUGGAGAGUUCUACAUUCAUUUUGAAGAUUUGGCUUCUUUUGGCAAAUUUCCCAAGCACUACAACAUUCACCGUUUUUCUUUAAACAGUUUACCCCAAUUCAGGCAACAUCUUCUUGCUAAAAGUUUAAGAUUGGCCUGUCGGAAGUUAAAUGGGUCUAGAAAUGAUUAAUCUUGUAUUAAUCUAAGCACUGUGAAUGGUAGAAUGAUUUAGACAUUUAUUAAGGGUUUAAAAAUAGAUAACCCCUAAGUGCUAACCUUUUAUAAAAUAAACUCUUCCGAUACUUUUACUUUAGCCAGUUGUGUUGGUUGAUAUUCUGAAUGCCUUCAGGAAACCACCUUUCUAAUUUGACUAAAAAGUACCAAAAAGGGACACGCCUGAAGUGCGGCAUCCUGGUUAUAUUUUUUUGUUUGGUUUGCAUUGUUCAAGUUUUCAUGCCCCUUUUUAAAUUUGUUAACUUGCUAUUCCUUCUUGGACUCAGCUAGAUGAGUGCCAAGUCAAACAUUUUGAACAGU